UGCAUUUAAAGUGGUUGAUUGGCAAAGGAAAAACAUUUUGCCUAAGUAAAAAUAAAAAUAGUAAAUAACAAAAGUCUGAAGCGUAAUUAUAUAGGUCCUCGUUACUCUCUUGCCCUUUGAUCCCGUCGUAUUGAAUGGAAGCUGUCUUUCCCUCACACACAAAUAGAGAAUGAGAGAGAAACGCACUCACGCACGGGCUGUUGUCCGUACUCACUGCACUGAGUGAAAGUGAGAGAGUGUGAGGGACAAAGAUAGUGUGUGUGUGGGAGAAAAGAGACAGAGAGCAGCAGCAGACGAGGCGAUAGCACCCCACGGCCGCUGCCCAGGUCAGAUCCCGCGACAGCUCCCAUCUACCCUACCAAGCAACGAGGUGACUUCCAACCCGCAUCAACUAUCAUUCAACUGUCAUUCCCACGGAGAGGGACAUUUUCACCCGACGCCUGAAAGAAGUAGAAUAAUGUAAAAGAAGAAAGAUGCCUCGGAAGAAGCAGUACCAACCGCAGCGCUUAGGGCUUCUAUCACAUAGGGUUAAGACCCCGAUAACAGUCACCCUGGCAACAGAACCUCUGGUGAACGAGAUGAGUUGCGGCGGUGACACAGAGGAUCCUCACCGCUCCUCCUCAAACCCUCGCCCCUCUCUGGCACCUCCACCCACACCCCAUGAUCUCCCACCCACCUCCUUGGAUCCCCAAGGCCUGUGUCAAACUCAGGAUCCACCCUCCACACCCUCCUCCUCUCGCUUCCCCCAGGAUCACGGCCUGGUUCCGGGGCAGAGUGAACCGGGUCAGGGUCCCGUGGAUAAUACGCUGGAUAAGGACCUGUCUCUCUCCUCCAUCUUGGCCCUGCUGUGUGGGGGGGUGAACCCCCUCCAGGGCCUGGGGAGAGAGACGCUGACCUGCCCCCCGGUCGGUGUCCAGGGCCUGGGGAGAGAGACGCUGACAUGCCCCCCGGUCGGUGUCCAGGGCCUGGGGAGAGAGACGCUGACCUGCCCCUCGGUCGGUGUGAAGCCGGGGGCCUCGACUCUGGGAGGACAUGGGAGGAUGCAGGGAGGAAGGAGAGAAGGGGAAGGAGACUCUUCCCCCCCACUGGGUUUGCUCCCUGAUGUGCCCCCGCUCUCCCAGCAUGCCUUGCAGCUCAGCGCUCUAGCCCAGAGGGUAGCCAAGAACUCUCUCUCUUCCCCCUCCUCUUUUUCGUUCACUCCCCCCUCCUGCGCUGUGUCCUCCAGGCAGCCGGUGUCUGGGGAGCUCCAGGGAAGGCCAGCAGAGCAGGAUGUCUGGCCCAGUCACAGGUGCUCCUGGGCAGGUAAAGGAGGACGCCUCUCCCCUGACUCUGCCAUCCAGCGCCUCAGGGCCGCAGCAGCCAACGCUGCCCUUCACAACAGAAGCGCUGAUCCCUCCUCCUCUCCCUCCCUCUCCUCCGGAGGUGUAGUAUUGCAGGAGGAGGUGUGUCUGACCCUCGACCCCAGGCCCCUGACCUCUCCCUCGUCCGCUAGUUCCACCCUUGCCGCACUGUCCCAGAAGGUCAGCCAGAGUGGUCCAGGGUCAAAGGUCGCCAGUUCAGUGAGGUCAGAGGUGAGUUCGGGGCAGAAGCUCUCCAGCACCUCCUCCUUCCUCUCCCUCCUCUCCCGCUCCUCCCCCACUCCUCUGUCUCAAAGCUCAUCCAAAGUUGGAGAGAACCGGGGGGGUCUAUCACCAGAGCCCAGGCCUGAAGAGGAGACCCAAACCCGAGCAGAGAACCAGGCCGUGCCCCCCUCCCCCUGUAAGAAUCAAGGCUCAGCCCUCCUGCCCCAGAUGGAAAGUAAGACGAAGCCCAGGUCACCCCCUCUCCCCUUGGAUACUCAGGUGAACACCAGCCCCGUGGGGGAGAGCAGCCCUGGAGCACAGACAGUUGUCUACCAGUGUCCAGUAUGUGGGCUGCAGAUGAAGAGGAGAAGCUACUGGAGGAGACACAUGUCUGUCCACACGGGGUUGAAGAGCCAGCAGUGUCAACUCUGCCCAUUCCGCUGCGCACGCAAAGACAACCUCACAGCCCACAUGAAGGUCCACAUACAGAAGGAAAAAGGGGAGGAGUUUCAAUGUAACCUUUGCCCUUUCACCUCACCCCGCCACUUUAGCCUGAAGUUGCACAUGAGAUGCCACCAGAGACCAGGCAGACACACACACACACACACACACACACUUGCGGGAGACGCAGAGCGAGACCGCGGGGGGAAGGAGAAGACAGAGUCUGAGGGAGGUGAGCAGGCCAGGUUGCAGCCAGGGUGUAAAGUAGAUCUCUCCCCCAGACUCCUAGACACCAGCCUCCGUUACUCCUCCUGUUCAGCUCCACUGCACUCCGCUCCGGUGCAGCAGGAGCUCCUGAGGCAAGAGGGGGAGGCGGAGGGAGCCAAAGAGGGACAGAGAGGUGAAGUUUGUGUGAAAGAGGAACCCCAAGAUCUGCAGGUCUCAACCUCCUCCCAGCUCCUCCCAUCUCCUCCACUCUCCCCCCUCCUCCCCCGCCCAACUCCUUCCCUCUCCCCACUCUCACCUCCCUCCCUCUCCUCCCUUCUUCACUCCCUCUCCCCACACCCCCCCUUGCUCGCUCCCAAGAGAAACAGGCGCAAAGCCAGAACACCCCCUCAUUCGCCCUCUGCCCAGAAACGCAGAACACACACACCCCUCACACACCCACCUCUGAUGGUUCCCAUGGCGACCUCUCUCUUCAGCCCUGACAUCAGCUCCAAGACGGCUUCUGACCUGCUCAUCAAACUCUCAGAGGCCACCCAGAAGGCUGAGCUGAAGCCUGGGUCUCUGGUGAAGCAGGAGGCCCAGGAGGAGGGCCUGGUCCCUGGGCAACAGCAGCAGGGAGCUGAGCCUGGCCUGGCCCUCUCUCCAGAUGGCCCUGGGGCUAGUCCGGAGCCCCCCACCCCCCUGCCACCCUCUACAGAGGUUCAGACAGAGAGGGGCCUGCUGGAGCAAGACAUCAGUGUCACUGUGGCUUCUGAACUGCUUAGAAGACUCUCCGAGAAACAGGAAGUGGUUGUCCAGGGGUUAACAGUAAAGGAGGAGGAGGAACCUAUGGAAGUUGACCCCUUAACCCCAAACAUGACCCCUAACCCAGCCCUGACCCUAGGGGGGCGAGUGGAGCCCAUUAGGGACAAGGAUACAGCCCCUGCCUCUCUCAUCCCUAAAGAAGAGGAUCUGUUUCAGAAAGAACUCUUCUCCCAGGACAUUUCAGUCAAGAUGGCCUCCGCUUUGCUCUUCCAACUCUCAGAAAAAUUCUACAAAGCCAACGAUUUAAAGGAAAGCAGAUCCUUUGGUUUCCCUGUGGAGAAGAAGCCCAGUGCCCCAGACCAACCCAGCCCCCCGGACCAGCCCGACCCCAUCCAGCCUUCCCCUGACCGCCUACAGCCGGUAGGUUGUAAGUAUAGAUGUCCAGUGUGUUCGUAUCAAGCCCAGUGUCAGACCAACCUGAACCAUCACCUGGCGUCACACACUGCUAAAACCUCCGGCUGGGACUAUUACUACAGGUGUCACAUGUGUGGGUUUGAGCUGGAGGGGCGGAGCCAGUUCCUUGGUCACAUGAUGGAGCAUAGCGAAUGGGAAAGGGACGCUUUCUCUCUACGUUGCAGUGUGUGUGACCACUCAACCAAUGAGGAGCGAGCGAUGAGGCUGCACGCCAGCUCUCACACACUCACACACACAGCUGGUGAGACGGGGGGCGAAGAUUACCCAGAAACACACCUGGCAGGAAGCCACGCCCCUGAAGACUCCCCAGUUGACAGGGAAAGCCCACAUAAUAGAGUGCUACGCUCUCUACAGAUAUAACCUACAAACCCAAAUAACUAAGAUAACCAGAACACUGUAGUGCACCCUGGGAUCCGGGGUCAGGUCGAAUUCGCUACCCACAGAUCUCCGAUUUGUGUUGCACUAUGGGAAAUACAGACUGGUUCCAAAAUUAUAUUAUUUGAAGAAAACAUCCGGAUGAAAAUAUAUUACUGUGAACAUAAGUCAUGGUUGCUACUAAUUUCAGUUGGUUCCGGGAAGGAUAUUUCAACAGCAUUAGUCUGUCCUCUGUCAGUUGUCUUUCUCUACUGGUUUGUCCUCUGUCAGUUGUCUUUCUUUACUGGUUUGUCCUCUGUCAGUUGUCUUUCUCUACUGGUUUGUCCUCUGUCAGUUCUCUUUCUUUACUGGUUUGAGCUUUUCAUGUGGCAAACACGCAUAGGCCUCUUGCAACACUAUUUUCACUGGGCCCUGUUUCCACUAGACCCUGACUGUUUCCACUGGACCCUGACUGUUUCCACUAGACCCUGACUGUUUCCACUAGACCCUGACUGUUUCCACUAGACCCUGACUGUUUCCACUAGACCCUGACUGUUUCCACUGGGCCCUGACUGUUUCCACUAGGCCCUGACUGUUUCCACUGGGCCCUGACUGUUUCCACUAGGCCCUGACUGUUUCCACUGGGCCCUGACUGUUUCCACUGGGCUCUUACCGUAUCCACUGGGCCCUGACCGUUUCCACUGGGCCCUGACCGUUUCCACUGGGCCCUGACCGUUUCCACUGGGCCCUGACCGUUUCCACUGGGCCCUGACCGUUUCCACUGGGCCCUGACCGUUUCCACUGGGCCCUGACCGUUUCCACUGGGCCCUUACCGUAUCCACUGGGCCCUUACCGUAUCCACUGGGCCCUUACCGUAUCCACUGGGCCCUUACCGUAUCCACUGGGCCCUUACCGUAUCCACUGGGCCCUUACCGUAUCCACUGGGCCCUUACCGUAUCCACUGGGCCCUGCUUGCAUAUAAUUAGGAAAAUGAAAACCUUGAAAAACAUCUCGCUUGUGAUGCAAUAAAGCAGAUUUUAUUUGUUAAUCUUGAUCCAUUUUGGUCUUGUACAAAUCCAACCCAGAUUAGAUGAAAAUCUUCCAUAUUACUGACAUUUCAAAGUGAAUGUUGUUCUCCUCGGAUUCUGAAUCAGAUGUGUUUUUAAACACCUUUGGCUUUGGAUCCAAUUCAGCACGGAUCUCAAUUAUGGAAUGUCACAUGAGGUUUUCCUCUUUCUGCCUCACUGUUCCCCUCUUCCUUUCUCUGAUCACAUUUUACAUGACAUUUUCUUUCUACCUGUAUUCUCCUGUCUGUUCUCUUCUCUCCCCCCUGGUUUUGCUUCGUCUGUUCUCCUCACUCCUGUUGUUCUCUCUCUUUCUGUCCUCCUGUCAUCUUUUUCUGUUCUCAUUUCCUCCUGUCAUCUUUCUGUCGGUUCUCCUCUAUCCUGUUAUUUCUCGUUCUGUUCUCCUCUCAUCUUCUGUCAUCUCUGUCUGUCCUCUCUCUUGCUCGGUUCUAGUUAGUCAGUACAGCUGUUCUCUCUAAUCUCUCCCUCCUGUAGGUAAGCUGCUCUGUCUCCCUCCCUCUGUAGAAGGUUAGCCAUCCUAUCUUCUUCUCUCUGUAAAACAUUAGCUGGCUCAGUCUAACCUCUCUCCCUCCCUUUAUAAAAGGUUAGUCUCCUCUCUGUCUUGUGUGUGUUAAUGUGUGUUUUCUG